AUUUGAUUUAAGGUUAUAUUCCUAAGUGAAGUCCUAGAGAAAGUUUAGAUUAGAUAUAUAACAAUAUUAUCGUCAAUAUAAAUGUUAAUUAUGUGCUGCAUUUUUUGGAUUACCUUUUCCUAGACUAAAAAUAUAUGCUAUCAACUUUUUAUGAAACUAAAUUGAUCCUGUGACGGUUUAUAAGAGAUGUAUACAUCAUAUAGGCCUAGGGCUGAGAUACAAUUGUCAGAAGUCUGCCUGUUGUUGAGUGUUUCAUGCAACCACGUCUCAAGUUGGAGGUAGUUAUUCAAUGGAUGUCGAUCAAUGGCUUCUGAACAGAAAAAAGAGAGAUCAGUAAAUGAAGACCACGGCGGAUGUAGUGGGACUUCAACCUAUGAUAGAAGGAAACAGAACCAAAAUGAAGGAGGACAACAAUCUUCUGAUACCAACCCAGCACCUUGGGACCGGUUCUCAAACUGGAUACACUGUAUUUGUAUCGUAACGUUUGAUCUGGAACUUGGACAAGCAAUUGAGGUGAUAUAUCCUGUUGAUGCCCAACUUCAGGAGGAAGAUAAGACCAACAUCUGCUACCUUGCAUUCCCAGACUCCAACUCCAGUUGCAUGGGAGAUACUAAGUUCCACAUCCGCAUUAGACAAACUCCUGGAGGACCAGACCUUCUACCUGUACAUCUCCUUUAUAAUCAAAAGUGUCCAGUCUACUUACAAGUUGAUAAUGGCUAUUUUUACGGUUACGUCUAUUUCCGCCAAGUUAAGGAUAUAACAUUACCCAGAGGAUAUUUUCAAAAGAGUGUGAUACUAAUAUCUAGAUUUCCAUUCAUCAACCUAUUCAGUGAAUUAGUCAGUCUGAUUGCCCCUGAGUUCUUUGACAAUGGGUGUGAGAGUGUAGAGGCCGCUUGCCAUGACAUUGACCAAUGGCCUGCUCCAACUCCUGGUGAUACUCUCAACUUGCCCAUCCUCGGCACUGUACUGCAGGUGCAAGUGCCGUGUGACAGUGGAAGGGGAGGGAGUAGUUCCAGUUUAGUUCCUAGUGGAGGGAAUGUCACAUUGAUAUCAUCCCCUCAGAUGCCUACUGUACUGCCAUCUGUAUACGAAGUUAACACAUUUGACGUGUUCUCCACCGUCCUGUACCACAUGCAUCUGCUAUGGGAGCUGGUCCUCACUGCAGAGCCUAUAGUUGUGAUGGCGUCUUCACCCGCUACCUCUGCCCAGAUGGUCCAAGCUCUUGUCAGCAUGAUAACACCGUUGAUGUACUACGCUGAUUAUCGUCCAUACUUUACGAUCCAUGAUAGUGAGUUCAGAGAGUACACGACCAGAACUCAAGCUCCGCCUCCCAUCAUCUUGGGGGUUACAAACCCAUUCUUUGCCAAGACUCUGCAACAUUGGCCUCAUAUCAUCAAAGUACCUGAUUCUUUCAAUGGAAGUAACUUUCAAAAACAUAAAAUAAGGAAAGGAAACCACCUGAAAAUGCUGGACACAAAACCAGGUGUUUAUACACAAUAUCAGCCGUUUCUUCAGAAGGACAAGACGAUACUGAAGAAGAUCAUGAAGGGAGUGCAGACCAAACGUCCUGGGGAGGUCCAGUCUGCGCUUUUAAGGAGACAUCUCCUAGAACUCACCCAGAGCUUCAUGAUCCCCCUAGAGAGGUACAUGGGUACUCUCAUGCCUCUGCAGAAAAACAUAUCACCCUACAAGGCCGCGCCUCAACCUUGGCCUUUCAAUCCUGACGACUUCAUUGCUUCCCUGGAGACAUCAGGCCCUCAACUUACUUCCGGCAUCAAAGGAGAUUGGGUCGGUCUUUAUCGCAGGUUCUUCCGAUCUCCCAACUUCAGCGGUUGGUACAACGCUCGUUACAAGGGCAUGAACCAGAAGCUGCAAAUCCUCCAACUAGAAGCGCUCUCUGAUGCGGAUUUGAAGAAGUGGGUUGUUGACAAAAAAGAAGUGGAAGUUGUAGACAUGAUUCUCAAAAUAAAGUGCAAACUAGAGAAGUGUGAUGCGGAGGAUAUGCCUUUGGGAGAAGAGACGAGGCGUCAACUCAAGUGUCGUCUGCAGGACAUUGUUUGUACUCUGCCUGAAGACCUGAGGACUGUACUGUCUUACAGCUGAUACUCUGUAUCUAGUCAUCUACCAUCCUGCCUUGGUAUCGAUUUGGAUGUUUUACCUGUAGUUAACAUUUUAAACACUGUCUUCUCCACCGUAACUUGUGGAUUUGACCAAUUGUCUAUGCCAAGUUUUAUGGUAACUUUUAGAACGAUUCUGAACUAUGUUUGAGCAAUCAUUUAACAUAAGUAUAGGGAUUAACGGGUGCUAGGAAGACCAAUGAUUAUUGAUUGCAAACAUUUGAAAUGUGAUUUUAGUAUUUUACAUGAUUUUAAGGUAUAAUUUUUACAUACUCACUAUGAUUUUGAAUAUAAAGGGCUAUUUUCUUAAACUCUUUCUUCAAAGUUUGCUCAUGAAGUAUUUGGUAAAUUGUGUGAUUAUUACAUGAUCUUGAUCUUCAAACAUUCUAAUAAUCUUCCAGCUGUUAUUAAGAAACAAGCUAUAAACACAUAUGGUUACAGAGAAUUCUUCUAGCAAGACUGGACAUUAUAAACUUCACACUACUAUAAAAAAUACAUGUUUUUCCACUAUAAGUUUAAAUUAAAUAUAAAUUUUGUUGUCUUCCUUACUUGUGGCAAUAUGUUUAGUUUUAAAACACUUUGACUAAUAAUUAUGUUGAUUCUUAAGAUCAAUACCAAAAAUAUUGUUACAAAUCUAUUCUUGGAACUGAUGCUAAACAGUUUAGGAAUAGGGAGAAAUUUUUACCAAUUACGACAAUUAACUUGUAGUAUGUUCGAAGUAACAUUUUGGGAUCAUAAAAAAUUAUCUGUAAUCAUGAUUUUAAAUUAGGUACACUGAAAGGGGAUGCGGAAUACCACCCCCUAUAAAACCACCCCCCAGGUGAAACGUGACGUCACAAAAUCUGCCAACUAACCAAUAUGGGAGUCGUGCCCGCGACUGGAAUACUACCCCCCCCCCCUUUAGCAAAAAGUGAUGCUUUGUAAUUGUAAUUUUAAUUUGAGUAAUUCUGUUUGAUAACAGAAAAGGCAUGUGGAAGGUACAGUAUCAUAUCAUACAGAAUUUUGGAAAGUUACAGCAAGUUUGGUUGGUUAGGUUAGGUCAGUUUAGAACAGUGACAACAAAACUUGAGUGUCUGUGACUGGAAAACUGAAGUCCCCCCCCCCCCACCGAUCUUUGACGUCAACAUGACGUAGGAACCUGCUUGGGGGGUAGUUGUCCUAGGGCAGUCUUCCGGCGACCCCACUGAAAGAUGUUUAAAAUCAUUGAAACCAAAAUUCUUGUAGGCUUAAAUAAUAUACAUAAAUGUAUAUGUAUAAAUAUAAACAUGAGGCAAUUUUUAAAUUACUACCUUAAAAUUAUCAUACAGUGAGUGGAAAAUAUGCUCAACCGAAGCUUAACCAGCUGAUAUUUGAUAUGUUAUUUUCCAAUGUUUAGCCUUUAAAAAGUGUUGCAUUCCUAUCAAUAAUUCAAAUAGCAAUUUGUUAGAUUUGUUUAAAAAUCAGCUGAUCACGGUAAAAUGAUUUAAACUAGAUGCUUCCACGGUGGAAGGAAAAUACAUAGGUGUGCUAUUCCCGUCACAUGCUGACGUCACCCAGAUUGCAAACGAAAAAUCACCUGAUUGGAUUGCCAUAUAAGUAUAUAUUUGUUUUGACUUGAUUGUUAUUGUUUUUAUAAUUUUUCUAAAUGGUAAAAUGGUGUUUGCAAUCUGAGUGACAUCAGCAUAUGACAGGAAUAGCACACCUAUGUAUUUUCCUUCCACCAUGAGAUGCUCCCAUUUGGAACUUGUAUAAUCAUCUAAGAUUAUAAGUUUGACAUCACUGAAAAAGUUCCUAAACAUGGAUUUUUAGAAAGAGGUAAGUAGGUACCCUUGCAUUGUAAUGCUAAUAAGUUGCUUAUCAUGUCUUCUAUUCCUUGCUCAAUCAUUUUGUAAAUGAUCGAUUUCAGGUUAAAUUUUGGAGAUUAUAUUUUUUUACUGAUAUGUCAGGAGUGUGGGGAAAUCAAGCACAAUUGUUUUGUCAUCGGUGGAAGUAACUACAAGCAAAAGUUAUUGAAUCAGAUAUGAUGAACGAUUUUAAAUUCUGAUACAGAAGAAUAAAAAUCUGACAUUUUGAGAAUUGAAUUAAGUGUUUCAAUUGGAUGUUAAGGAUAUAAAGGAUGUAGUGAAUACCACAACAGAUAUUGGAUGUAAAGGAUAUCGUCAAAUUUGUUUCAAAGUCUGUUGAGGUUCAUUUUAGUAAUCUGUGAUAUUUAAUAACCAUUGUCCAUUGUUGUAAUUAAAAGUUUUAAUGCAAUUUGUUUACAAUGUAUUGUUGAUCAGAGUAAAUACAUAAUUAGUUUUGUAGGUUCUUUCCACUAUGUACCUAGGACUAGGUGGUACAAUUAACAUGACGGAUAUUUUAAUUUACCUUUAGUGUGCCAAACGUGUAAUCUCUCUACGGUUUAACCGUUUAACUAUCAAUACUCAUUAUUUAAGUUUUACAACAAUGUAAAGAUAUAUAAAAUACAGAGAAGGCUGUUUACUCCUUAAUUCAGUGGUUCCCAAUAUGUGAUACUGUACACUUUAUCCUAGAAAUUUCUUUUGCUAUAUAUAAUAGAAAUCCAGAGCUUAUUAAAAAGUAAUCUAUGGUACAAAAUCAAAAUAAAUUUCUGACCACAAACACGUUUCUGUUCAUCGCCAUUAUUCACAUCAAGACAUAAGUAACGGCUGUUUGGAUGGAAAAAACAAACAUAUUGAGUAAACAUACUCUGGUAAAAAGAUGGACAUUAUUUUAAACUGAAGAACCAUUAAAUAGUCUGCAUUUGGUACUGAUAGUUCUUAUUCUUAGUUACAAUAUUGAAAAAUAUAUUUUACGCCACACUACACUAUUUUGACGAACUUCCCACGCAAGGAUUUAGUCCAGAAAACAGCUGUUUGCCGCCAGCUUAUUCAAAUGGGGGUUCAUUGCGUACUACUGUACUGUAAUGAGU